ACUUCGCAACGUCAUUCCCCGCCGCAGGUCACGUGGGGCGGCGGGCGCGCGGUCACCUGUCCCCUCCCCCCCUGGCGGAGCCCGCGCGGGGUUGCAGCAGCGGCGGCGGCAUGUCGGACACGGCCUCUCAGGUGUUGGUGGGCUCCGGCCUGACGGUGCUCUCGCAGCCGCUCAUGUACGUGAAGGUGCUGGUGCAGGUGGGAUAUGAACCCCUCCCUCCAACUUUGGGAAGAAAUAUUUUUGGGCGACAGGUUUAUCAGCUGCCUGGUCUCUUUACUUAUGCUAAACAUAUUAUGAAGAUUGAUGGAAGGGCAGGACUCUUCAAAGGUUUGACUCCUAGACUCUGCUCAGGAGCAAUAGGCUCUGUAGUGCACAGCAAAGUUUUGCAGAAAUGCCAAGAAGAUGACCAAGCUGAGGAGGUUAGAAGCAGCAGCAAGGAGUCCUCUCUGGAGAAAGUCAUUAAGGAGACUUCUCAAGAAAUGGUUGCACGUUCUGCUGCUACGCUAGUCACUCACCCUUUUCAUGUAAUCACACUGAGAUGUAUGGUGCAGUUCAUUGGCAGAGAGACCAAGUACAGUGGCGUGUUUAGCUCGUUUGUUACAAUUUACCGGGAAGAGGGCAUCCUUGGAUUUUUUUCGGGCCUUAUUCCCCGCCUGCUGGGAGACAUUCUGUCCUUGUGGCUCUGUAACAUGCUGGCCUACCUCAUCAAUACUUAUGCACUGGAGAAUGGAGUCUCCACCAUGACUGAGAUGAAGAGUUAUUCUCAGGCUGUCACUGGUUUCUUCGCCAGUAUGCUGACUUAUCCCUUUGUACUUGUCUCAAACCUGAUGGCCAUCAAUAGUUGUGGGCUUGCUGGUGGCCUCCCCCCUUAUGCACCAGAAUACAGCUCCUGGCUGGAUUGCUGGAACCGGCUGCACAGCGAGGGCAACAUGAGCCGAGGAAACAGUCUGUUUUUCCGGAAGGUGCCUGCAGGGAAGCGAUACGUGUGGGAGGAAAAGAGAUUCCACUGAAGCCUGGGCCUCUUGUGCCUGCCCCAGAUGAACAGAAUGAUGGCAGUGUGCUGAUUUCUAUACAGAUUUUUUUAAAAAUAAUCACUUAAUCUUGGGAAAUGGAGCUGGCUGUGAGCAUGGCUUAAUGACACAGGCGUGAAGGGAGAUCUCUCAGAUCCACGGAGGGAGCUGGGAGGGACAUGAUGAGGAGGCACCACAACUUAAAGGGUGGCUUACUCUCUCGUGAAGGUGGGAGCCAUUGACCAUCCCCCGAGAGGAAGGAGGCCUGUUCAACUGUCUUCCUCUUAAAGGGGCUACACCAUCCUACUGCUAUUGUGGGCUGGUAGGAAAGCAAUAUUUCCCCCUGGAAAAAAAGGGUGUCUGUUUGCUUGGGGUGGGGUGGGGUGGGGUUCCUUGUGCCCUUUAUAUUUUAAUGAAUUUGGAUGAAGUGGACCAGUAGUUUUUUCUUCUUCACCCAGGCACCAUAUCCUUCAGCUUUCUUCCUUCCAGACCUAUAGAAGCAGAUCAGCUUGCCUACAUGCAGAAAGUGAAUCCUGCUUGAUUAUGCAGGAAGUUUAACUCUAUCAAGGCUGUUUGUGGACAAAUAAAGCUUUGAUUCCGUCACUAAGAGAAGGCUGGAGGGUGCUGCCAAGCCUCCCUGGUAGUGCUUCUGAGGCAGUUUGUGACAGCUGCCAUAGAGAGAUGAUGCCUGAAAUAGCUGUACAUGGCUAUUACGCAGAAAGCCGUUCAUGUACAAGCACUUAUGUGGAUUGGGAUAGCCUUUCCUCUACAGCACUGCAAAUUCUUUUUUAAAAAGUAUUGUGUCAUGGAGAAAACUACUUCAUUAUGAGACUUUGUGUCUUCAGUGUGGAUUGAUCUCGAGCAAUCUCCCAUGUAGCCUCUCUAACAGGCAAACCUUGAGUGGCGGAGGUGCUCCAGCACCUCACAAAGAGCCUCUGCAUCUCCCCUGGUGUUUAUGUAGAAGUUUUAGAUGAGCUGAAGAGCUGCAGGCACUCAUCUUCUGGAACGGUUUACUCUGUCCAAGGGUCAAAAGCUAUCAAAUGUGAUCCCUUGGAUCCAAGAGGCUUCAAAAGAGAUUGAGUUAUCCUUCCAUCUGUACCUGCUGAUGAAACCACUGGGGACGCAACCCUGUACGCUAAGAGGGAAAUACUAUUAAUUUUUUUAUGUUAAUAAAGGUGUGGACGGGACUGUCAGGGGCCAUGAUUUAUUUAAACUUUCCCUGUGGCCUACCAGUCGAUUAAUACAGAAGAGCACGAGGCCCCAAACUAGAGGCCAGGUCUGGCGCAGCUCAAGUCAGGGUUCCCUUGGCCCGACUGCAACAUUUGCACAGCCGCACGUGAUGUUGGGGAACUGACGUUUCCAGUCGUGCUGAAUCAGGCCUUAUCACACUUGUGCUCACUGGUUUCUUGGUGUCAUGUUUGCUGUGCAAACAUCAGUCAUGUUGCAGGAGCCCUGACCUGACAAGCUAGGCAUAAUGUCUGAUUUCGACCUGAGCGUAACACUUUUAAAUGCUUAGCCUCACAGCCCUAAUCACUUGCUGGUUAUAUUGUCCACUUUGCUUCCUUAAUAGCUUAUACCUUGCAGCAGGGCUCCC